CGUUUCUCCCUUGUUUUUUUCGCCUCCCAUCAGGAAGGCGAGACGAGGAGGAGGCUCUGCGCCUCUGCCACUGUCGUCCCUUCCUUGACCACUCGGGCCGACGCCGUGGUCCCCCUUACCCCGCCGCGGACAUGGCCCGCAGGUGACCGCCGCCCGCGAGACGCUGCCCUCCUCGACCCGACCUCCUCUCACCCCUCCACCUUCCGGGCUCUGGCAAGAGAGAGGAGACACGCCAGGGAAGAUGUGGCUGAAGCUGUUUUUCUUGCUCUUGUAUUUUCUGAUCCUGUUCGUCCUGGCCAGGUUUUUUGAGGCCAUUGUGUGGUAUGAGACCGGCAUCUUUGCCACUCAGCUGGUGGAUCCGGUGGCACUGAGCUUCAAGAAGUUGAAGACGAUUCUGGAGUGCCGGGGACUGGGCUAUUCGGGGCUGCCCGAGAAGAAGGAUGUGCGGGAGCUGGUGGAGAAGUCAGGUGACUUGAUGGAAGGGGAGCUCUAUUCUGCUCUCAAGGAAGAGGAGGCCUCAGAGUCUGUUUCUAGCACCAAUUUCAGUGGUGAAAUGCACUUCUAUGAGCUUGUAGAAGACACAAAAGAUGGCAUUUGGCUGGUUCAGGUCAAUGAAUGGUCACUGAAGAUAAGAAAAGAAAUGAGAGUUGUUGACAGACAAAUAAGAGAUAUCCAGAGAGAAGAAGAGAAAGUGAAACGGUCUGUGAAAGACGCCGCCAAGAAGGGCCAGAAGGACGUGUGUGUGGUGCUGGCCAAGGAGAUGGUCAGGUCGAGGAAGGCCGUGAGCAAGCUGUAUGCAUCCAAAGCACACAUGAACUCCGUGCUCAUGGGGAUGAAGAACCAGCUUGCGGUCCUGCGAGUGGCCGGGUCCCUGCAGAAGAGCACAGAUGUGAUGAAGGCCAUGCAGAGUCUUGUGAAGAUCCCAGAAAUCCAGGCCACCAUGCGGGAGCUGUCCAAAGAGAUGAUGAAGGCUGGGAUCAUAGAAGAGAUGUUAGAGGACACUUUUGAAAGCAUGGAUGAUCAAGAAGAAAUGGAAGAAGAAGCUGAGACAGAAAUUGACAAAAUCCUCUUUGAAAUUACAGCAGGAGCCUUAGGCAAAGCACCCAGUAAAGUGACCGAUGCCCUUCCUGAGCCUGAACCUUUGGGAGCCAUGGCUGCCUCUGAGGAUGAAGAGGAGGAAGAGGCCCUGGAGGCCAUGCAGUCCCGGCUGGCCACACUCCGCAGCUAGGGCCUGCUCUUUCCACAGCCUGCCCGCCGGCACCUGUGCACCUUGGAAGAGGCGGCUGUUCCAUGUAGCUCUUGCACUACACCUCUGUCAUGAGGCACUGCAUUUGGGAGAAGGUCCUGUGCUUAUCUCUUCACUCUCUGCAAGGUUUUGAGACCUCAAAGGGAUUGUUCUUAUGAAGGUGGUAUGAUUAAAUGCAGCGUUUUCAGGAAUAUAAACAGAUACCUUCUUGGGGAAAGCAGAGAAAUCCCCUUUUCUUAUGAAGCAGCUCUAAGAACUGAGUUGAUUGCCUGAAUGUUGAGGACUCUGCAUUGGGGGGGAGGGGUGUAAAACACUGUAUAAAUGGAUUUUAAUAAAUUUCUGCUUUAACAUUUA